UGAUCAUGACGGUGCAGCGCGGCCACAGUGCCGCUCAUCAAUAUUCUGACAUACUGAAUCAAUCAGGUUUUGCCGUGGCUGAUGUGUUUCUACGGCACGAUUAUAGCACGGGAACUGGAGCUCAUCAUUCUGAUGUUUUGCCGCACAUGAUGUGUUUCUACGGCAAGAGCAUCAAGUUGAAUGCCCUCUACUAGUAUCCCAUACAUAAAACGCGGGGCUCGUUAGAAAUCUUACAUUCCCACUUCAAGGCCCACGCUUUCACCAUGGGCAAAUUCAUCGUAUCAGAAUUCCUUUGCGAACAGCGCCAAGAGCUUCCCGUAGCCUCUGCGGAUAUCAGUGAAAAGUCAAUCCUCGUAGUAGGGGCGAAUGUGGGCCUGGGCUUUGAGGCGUCUGUGCACUUGGCCCAACUUCGGCCCAAGCACUUACUCGUCACCGCCAGAGAUGUCGCAAAGUGCCAGCAAACAAUAAUAGAUAUCCAACAGCGAGCAAGCAUCAGUGCGAUCGAUGCACAACCCUUAGAGCUCGGCUCAUUCAAGUCGGUAGUCCAAUUCGUGAACCAAUUUGAAGAGGAUGGCUUUCAGGUAAACGCCCUAAUUGCUAAUGCUGGGAUGCAAACUACGCGAUACUCAAAGACUGUGGAUGGCUGGGAGACGACGCUUCAAGUGAAUUACUUAUCAACAGCGUUAUUGAGCAUCCUCAUGCUACCUCAUCUCAUUGAGACCUCGACACCUCAGUCUGCAUCGAGACUUGUCAUUGUUUCAAGCGAGCUCCAUUACCUCGCGAACAAACUUUCAGGAGCUGGCCGAUGGCCGAGCAUUCUGGAGAAACUUGAUGACUUAGACUACUGCACCUCCUCGGUAAUGAGCGAUAGGUACAACCUCUCAAAACUGCUAGAAGUGAUGUUUGUACGUGAACUCAGCUCCCGACUACCUGCAUCAACACCUGUAGCAGUCUCAGCUGUAAAUCCUGGGUUUUGUCAUUCCCGCUUAACCCGUUCUACCGAAACAAAUCCCUUCAUGAGAUUGGGUGUCGCAACCAUGAAGACCUUGCUCGCUCGUACCACGGAAAUGGGGAGCCGAACGCUUGUCCACCCUGCCGUUGAACCGGGUGAGAUAGGGCGACAUGGUCGUUAUCUGUCUUGCUGUGAGCCGAAGGAGGAGAGCGAUUAUGUGCUCAGUACGGAAGGAAGAGAGGUUUCUAGACGCGUGUGGUUGGAAACGAUUGACGUCUUAAACAAAGUCGAUUCCAGGGUUCAGCGUAUCGUUGAUGAGCACCUGCGAGCACGUUGACGACCUAGUAUUGAUCAAUGGCGCUAUGCAUCGAUACUGAGCAAAUAUUAGGUUGUGUACCACGUUCGUUUAUAUUGACAAUCUCAGGUUGUGAGGCUUUGUAUUACUCAAUGCUGUGUUCUUCCAAAGCAGAGCAUAUCCACAUUCCCUAAUAAGCGUUCAGGAGCCGAAG